UUUGGCUGUGGGUACUCACGUUCGUAAUAGCAUGUUACUUUUAAGAAGCAAAACGUUGUUUACUUUACUUCAGUUUCGCUGAGUUCGCCACGUGAAGUGAGAAUGGCACCCACACGCACCUAAAUUUGUAACAAAGAGCCUAAGCAACCGGAUGGGUUAAACGGAAUUGUUUUAAGAUUAAUCUGCAAGUUAAUGAUUCGUACUAAUUUUAAAACUUUUGUCGCGUCAUUGAUCGAGGUCGACAGUAAUGAACCAUCAAGGUCUUCUCAGCUCUUUCUUCAUUCUGUGUAUUGGUGUAUUUACCGGAAUCACGGUUUCCAUCCAAAGCCAUGUUCAAGAGAGAAUAUUCAAAGACGGUGACAUAAAUUUAGGUGGAAUGUUUCCUCUCCAUUUAUUCAAGAACGGUCAGGGAUCGUCGUCAUCAUGUACGGAUCUUCGCUCCCGAGUGUUGCUUCUAUCAGAGGCCAUGAUAUACGCCGUCGAUGAAAUAAAUAGAAAUGGCACAAUUCUUCAAAAUGUGACGUUGGGCUACGACAUUCGCGAUACGUGCGGCAACGAACAAGAAGGCAUUUCUAUAGCGUCGGAUUUUGUUUACGAGAAUGCACUUAAACUUGACCCACGCUUCUCUGUGACAAACUCUUGUCGUGCGGGAGUCGCGCCAUCAAAGGAAGCAACUGUAAUAGCAGUCAUUGGAGGACUGGAUUCUCGUGUUUCUGUCAACGUGGCAAAUGUACUCCAAGUACAAGAUGUACCGCAAAUAAGCUACGGGGCGUCAAGCGCUGAAUUAGCGGGAGCGGAGUUUACAUCGUUUUUUCGCACUGUUCCAGUAGAUACCUUCCAAUCACAAGCUAUGGCAGAACUGAUUGCGCACUAUGGGUGGACCUGUGUGGCAGUCAUCGGGGUGGAUGACUGGUACGGUCGUAGUGGCGUUGACGCUUUCGCUACCGCGGCCAACGAAACUGGAAUCUGUAUUGUGUUACAAGAACUGUUCCCUGUUCACGACUCGGAAACCCAAAUACAGACCAUGAUCAGUCAACUGAAAAACAUGGGUCAAGUUCAGAUUAUAAUAUUAUACAGUUUAUCACCUCAAGCGAUAAAGGUCUUUGAAGAAGCAGUGAAGCAAGGUUUGACCGGGAGGACCUGGAUCGCGAGUGACGGGUGGUCAGAAUCUUCAUUGAUUCUUCAACCUCGCUUUAAGCCGAUUAUACAAGGCGCAAUAGGAUUUGGAUUCCACACACAUAGGUUUGAAGAAUUUGAAAAACACGUCACAGAAAUGACGCCUCUUUUGCGAAGAGGGGCUUGGUGGAAUGAAUUUUGGGAAAUGGAGUUCAACUGUUCAAUAUCUAAUUCGACGCAUGCUCAGUUUAAACCCUGUUCAGGCCAUGAAAGAGUCAGCCCGGAAAGAUACAAACGAGAUUACCACAACGCAGGCGCAGCCUAUGUGAGAGAUGCGGUAUACUCAGUCGCGAAUGGACUGGGUGAGAUACUUAACUGUCACGCCCACGUCCGUCCCGAUGAUCUAUUGACAAGCCUAAAAAAGGUUUCAUUCACAGGGCUUACUGGCUAUAUUGACUUCCGAAAUGGGCGGGUUCAGGCAGCUUACGAUAUUUAUAAUCUUCAGGAGACCGAGAAGGAUGGGUUUAAGCUCGUUCAAAUUGGAACGUGGGAUGAAGGAAAUGCGCAUGCACAGGGACUAAGGCUACAAGAUGAUUUAGUGCAAUGGCACAGAGGUAUUAAACCGCGCACCACUUGCGGAGAGAUCUGUCCUUCUGGAACUUACCGAAGUAUCCCUAAUCAGUGCUUCUGGGAGUGUGUCCCGUGCGAUAAAGACACCGUAAGCGAACGAUCAGGCAGCACCGAAUGCAAGAGUUGUCCCAAAGGAUACAUAUCCAAUGAAAACAACACAAAGUGUGAUGAGGUGCCCAUUGAGUAUAUUGAAUGGGAUGAACCGUGGGGCGUGGCACUCUCUGCCCUUUCAGCCUUCUGCGUACUUCUUACAUUAGUUAUCCUGGCAAUUGUCUUACAACAUCGUAAAACUCCAAUAAUCCAAGAAACGGGUGGAUUUCUUAACUAUGCUUUCUUAGUGGUGAUACUUUUGUCGUAUAUUUUCAAUUUAGUCCACCUCACCAAGGUAUCCGAUCUGACUUGUCGCAUGCUCCCUCCUUCGUUUUACGUGAUAUACACGGCUGCAGCCUUGGUGCAAUUCCUUAAGGUUUAUCGCAUCCGCCUUCUCCUGAAGCCACCCACACCACCGGCUACCCACGACAUGAAAUUGGUGUACAUAAUCGUGGUAUUCGUGUGGAUUCUUCCCGUUUUUAUCUCGAUCAUUUGGAUAAUUUCAGACCCUCCUAUAUUUGAAAAGUACAUUAUAUCGAGGUUGAUAAUUUACGGUAUUUGCACACCUUAUCAAACCAACGUUGGAAUGGCGUUACGUUAUAUGAGUGCAAUUAUUUUAUCGCUAAUUAUUGUUGGCGCUAUGGUGGUUGCCUACAGUACUAAAGGUCUCCCACAUAAGCAGAAAUUUGACGAAGCCAAACACUUAGCGUUCUCACUGACUGUGUUUACCGUCACUUUUGCCACAUUUUAUCCAGGAUGGUCUCUUAUAAAGGGCCCAAGUUUGACAGUGUUCGCAUGUAAGACCAAUUUAGUCGCCGCUACCGGUACAGUCCUUUGUAUUUUUGUCCCCAAGCUGUGGCUCAUUUAUCGCUUUCCCCGUCACAACACCCUAACCUACGUUCGUCCUGCGCCCCAGAUAAAGUCAGAAGACGUCAGAUCCACAACUAUGUUGUCAAUCGGGCAGGUUGCUCUAAAGAUAGGUGAUAGCCCCUGUGCGAGCUAAGGAUCACCGAAGGCGCAACGAGACUCACCGAAUACGUAAAAAGGCUUGCCGAAGACGAGACAAGGCUCCGAUAUUGAAAACGAAACAAGGCUCACCGAAAACGCAAAGAGAAUUGCCGAAGAAUCAUAUAAAAUUUAACCUCUAACUCCCAUGAGUGACCAAGAUAGAAUUUCUCCAUACAAUAUUGAUACAAUAUCGAGUAGACAGUGAUGAGAAUAAAGAAAAAUAUCAGCUAGGGGAUUAUACGUUGAUCCAAUACAAAAUUCUCUAAACUAACAUCACAAGAACCGUAUGGUAGACGAUAAGGAGAAUUACUAAUGAGAUCUUGGGAGUUAAAGGGUUAAGUGAACUUCACUUUACGGGAACGUUAUAGUACUCUUAUUCGAUUAUUCAAUUUUUGUAACAUUUUGGGGCACUUUUUAACCCUUUAACUCCCAGAUCAAAUUUGUUAUUCUCCUUACUGUCAACCAUACAAUUCUUAUGUUAGUUCAGAGAAUUUAGUAUUGGAUCAACUAAUUAUCCCCAAAUUGAUAGUUCUCUUUAUUCUCAUCACUUAUCUGGUUGAUAUUGUAUUGAUAUUGUAAGGAGAAAUUCUGUCUUGGUCACUCAUGGGAUUUAAAGGGUUAAAAAUCAUUUGGCAUUAAGUAGGUCAAAUUGGGGUAUAAGGGUCAACCAUUUGUCAAAUGAAGUGAUGGUUGAGAUAUUUAUUGUAUUAAAUAAUUCUUAAUAUUUGUUUGUCUGUAAUAGUCUUGGAGUAGGAUAUCAAGAGGAGGGCUGACCCACUGACUGUGUCUUGAGCUCUCUUGUAUUUUAUUAAGAAAUAUUCUAAAGGACUUUGUAAAAGAUUGCAGAACUGACAAGCUAAGACAGUUAGAUAGUAGAAGAGGAGUUAACCAAACCACAGAUGGCGGAUUGGGCAGUCUACAGCCCCUCCUGGUGAUAAUUUAGAGGGGGGGGGGGGGGGGUGGGUUUACUCUCCUCACAUUUCAGCAUCAACAGCGCAGCACAGCAGUGAAGCUUAAAAUUAGUUGACAAAAAUUCAGACAUGCAAUCGUUUCAAAUAGUUUCAUCAGGAUCGUCAUAGUGUAAUUAUUUUAUGUAAUACUUUUUUUCAUUUAAACAGCUCCAGCUUAUGUUUGGAAAAUUUGGGUAAGGGUAUGUACUUGGGUUAGUAUACGGGAUGAGUCCCCCCUCCUACACAUGCUGCCUCUGCAGACAGUCAGACAAACAUAUCAAUUUCUAAUCAAAUAUAAACAGAAAAAAAGAGUAUUAACAAUGCAUGAUAAAAUCAAAUUACUUUUUACUUGCAAUUGUUAUGUCAUUUCAGCUAGUCAGAUAGGUACUAUGUACGGCUCUGGAAGAGGGGCUUACAGAGCAUUAAAGCCUUUUUUUUUACAGUAGUCAUUAGUGCUGGGCCUCGAGGAAGAGGGCCAAUUCUCUCCACACUGAACAAGUUUUGUUCUUAAGUGCAUGAUACUGUGAUCAUGUGAUUGCUGAUAAUCUCAUUAACAAUUCCCAGUUUUGCUGCAUUUGAAAAUGUCCCUGACAGGUCUUGUUGGAAAAUGCUUCAUUCACAUUGUGAGGGCAGGGGAAAAUGUAAGGCUAGGAAGGGGCAGAAUUUCUGAAUGCCAAAAUUUUGCAUUUCUUUUGACAAAGGUUGUAAGUCAAUCAUGCCGCAUUAAACUCCUGAAACCUUGAUGGUACAUUAUUGUUCUGAUGAUUGAUCUAUUGGUGUUGUAUUUGACAGUGACAGUCCAAUACUGUUGCAAAGAAAGGUAGCAUCACACUGGAUGCCAUGACAGUCCAAUACUGGUACACUAUACAUUAUAUGGGUAUAACAAUAUCAGAUCUCAAACAUCAUGGUCCUGUCCUGCUGGUUGUUCUGUUAGGCAUAGAGUAUGGGUGAACACUGGCAGCUGCCUUAUUGUCUGUUUUAACAGAGCUUGGAGCUUUAUUUGUAGAUUUGUCACUCAUCCAGCUACUUUGUGCUGUAGCAAAGAAAAAAAGAA